AUGAAGAAAUCGUCUCAGGUGGCGGUCGUAAUCACUGCACUGCUGGCUGUCCUACUGCUAGUUGCGCUCAGUACCUCCGUGUCAUUGCCCGCGGCAACGCGUUUUCUGGCGAGCUUCGACCUGAGGUGGCCAUUCCAGGAGCGUUUCGAGUGUCUAUCACUGUCUUAUACUACCGAAAUCAUAUCCCUCGACCCUCUACUAAUCUAUAUCCACGGCUUCCUCAGCCCGCAGGAGAUCGCUGGUAUUCUGGCCGCCGGUGAGGACCGCUUCGAGCCGUCGACGGUCUACCGCAACGGGGAGCUGAUCCAGAACCCGUAUCGGACGUCUUCGAGCGCCGGGUUGCCUGAUGACGACCCAGCCGUCUCUUGCAUCCUUGGGCGCGCCAGGAAGUUCCUGGGGACCACACUAGACCCGGUGGCUGAUGAGAUGGGCAUCCCGCAACUGGUGCGGUAUACGCAGGGGCAGCACUAUGAUCUGCACCGCGACUGGCUCCGAGUUCCGCAGCAGGCCUUCGACGGGAGUGCUAGGGUCUUCAAUAGGCCCGCCAGCUUCUUCGCGAUAUUGCAGGACAACUGCACCGACGGGGAGACGUGGUUCCCAUUCGUCGAGCCCGUCCGGCCGCGGGACAGGGGCGAACUAUGGCGGCGCCACGAGGAGGGCGGGCUCGCUUUCAAGCCUGUGGCCGGAAACGCCCUGUUCUGGGUCAAUCUCUUUGCCAACAACACUGGCGAUGACAGAACGGUCCAUGCUGGGCUGCCGGUCACGGGCGGGCUGAAAACGGCGUUAAACAUCUGGCCCCGGAAAUAUUGGGAUUCUAUAGAUCCAGAGUAG